AAAUAAUUUGUCAGUUCCCAACAAAAAAAAAUCCCCUAUUUGCAAAACAAACUUCGCCAUUAACGAAAUUCCCUCUUGAAACCAUAAGCAUGGAGUCGAUCAACUUCGCCAAAGGCUACGGCAAAGUCAACCCCACUGAAGAAUCCAACCACAUCCCCCCACCAAACCGCCGCCGCCGCCGCAUCAUCAUCGCCGCCCUCCUCACCCUCCUCAUCGCCUCUCUCACCACCCUCCUCAUCCGCCGCUCCGCCUCCAAAUCCAACCCCUCUCAACUCGCCUCCAACUCGGCCGAUUCCCUCAAAACCGUCUGCUCCGUAACUCGCUAUCCCGACUCAUGCCUCUCCUCGAUUUCCCCCCUCAAUUCGCCGCCCUCGACCGAUCCGCUCCGCUUCUUCAACCUCUCCCUCCACGCCAGCCUGCUCGAGGUCACGACCCUCAAAUCGCAGCUGAUUCCGGAGGCGGCGAUGAAGGACUGCGCCGAGCUGUUCGACGACGCGGCGAGUCAACUCGGGAACUCGGCCGAGUCAAUCUGCGUGGGGCCAGGUGAGGAGGUGCUGGCGGAGAGGAGGGUCAGCGAUUUGCAGACGUGGAUAAGCGCGUCGUUGACGGAUCUCGACACGUGUCUUGAUGAGCUGGCGGAGAUGGGAUCAUCGACGGCUGUGGGGGAGUGGAAGGGGAAGGUGCAGAGGGCUAUGGAGUACAUCAGCAACACCUUAGCGAUUCUCAACAAUAUACAACGCCUUUUUCAGAAAUUUGGUCUCAAGAUGCCUUGAUUCGUUUAUUGACACUGCCAAUUCGUCUUUUUCUUCUUUUUUUUUUCCUUUUACGUUGUUUUUUUGUUGGUUUUUUUUUUAUAUUGUAAAUUACUGUAUCAAAAUGUAUUUUUAUUCAUUGGUCAUACUCUGUAAAAUUACAUAUGUAUUAAAAGGGGAGUGAUCGGUUGUUAACUUAUCA